GAGCGGAUCGGGGGCAGCGAGUCGUCGGCCGCCGCUCUCCAGCCUCCGCCCGCACCGAGCAGCGGGACCCGGGCUGCACCGGGGAGGGGCCGCUCCGGGCCGCAACGCGAGGGCAGCGAGGGACGGCGGGGACCCGGCUCCGGGCGGGGCCGGCGGCAGCGACCAUGAUCGCUUUGUUCAACAAGCUGCUGGACUGGUUCAAGGCCCUGUUCUGGAAGGAGGAGAUGGAGCUCACGCUGGUCGGGCUGCAGUACUCCGGCAAGACCACCUUCGUCAACGUGAUCGCGUCAGGACAGUUCAAUGAGGACAUGAUCCCCACCGUGGGUUUCAACAUGCGCAAAAUCACCAAAGGGAAUGUGACCAUCAAGCUCUGGGACAUUGGGGGACAGCCGCGUUUCCGCAGCAUGUGGGAGCGCUACUGCCGAGGAGUGAGCGCCAUCGUGUACAUGGUGGAUGCUGCCGACCAGGAGAAGAUCGAGGCCUCCAAGAAUGAGCUCCACAAUCUCCUGGACAAACCUCAGCUGCAGGGCAUCCCGGUCUUAGUCCUGGGAAACAAGCGAGACCUCCCGGGAGCACUGGAUGAGAAGGAGCUGAUUGAGAAAAUGAAUCUGUCUGCCAUCCAGGACCGAGAGAUCUGCUGCUACUCCAUCUCCUGCAAAGAAAAGGACAACAUUGACAUCACCUUACAGUGGCUUAUUCAACACUCAAAGUCACGGAGAAGCUGAGACCAUGGCCCUUCUCCCUCGGACCAGGGACCGUCAUCAUCUACACCCGAAGCCAAGCUCCCCGCCCACCCCCGUCGUUCCCCCUAGGCCCACCCCCCCUCACUUAGUGUUGGGGGGCCCUCUGGGAUCCCAGAGUCCUGUUCUGCUGAGGUUUGAACUCCUGUUUUUAUUGUAAAAUAAAUUGCCCCCAUUCUGGUCCCCUAACUUCUCACUGUCCCCUCUGCCUUGGCCCCUUCACCCAGCCCCGCUCCCGUCCCUCCCCUCCCAACACCGGGCCCCAAGGCCCCUGCCCUCCCGCCCCUGUACUUCCCUUCCCACACUCUCUGUUGUUGUCCUGUGUGUACAGUAUAUAUAUGUAUAUAUAUUUUAAUUUUUUAAUUUAAGCAAAGACUAAAAUCAACCAUUUGAUGCUGCAGGGGCCAUUCAGGAUCUGGGAGGGGCAGCCUGGGGAGCAGGAAAGAGGUGCCGCUUGGCUCAGGACGAGUUCAGACCGGAAGGGUGGAGGCUGGCACCUGGGGCAGGUACCAGGCUGGGCACUGGUGGCCAGCCCUGUCCUGCAUGUGUCCCCACCUCCCAGUCUGGCGCGUCCCUAGUGUGCUCGAAUGCCACAGGCUGGAAGGAGCCUCUGGAGGUGCCUCUUCUCUGCUCCCAGCCUCGCUAGGGCCACCGGGCAUCCCCAGGUGCCAGAGACCACCAGGCCGCGGGGCAGGAAGCAGCGUCCCUGCCGCCCAGCACCCCCUCCUGCCUGUUCCUGGCUCCCGGCGCCGGCCCCUCCCCAGGGCCCCACCUCCAUGGCCCACCUCAUUUUCUGUUCUCAUUUUGCAGAGUUGCACAAGGAGAGAACUCAGCUUGGGGGGUUGGUUCUUUGGGUUUUGUUUGUUUAUCUGUUUAAUUUAAUGAUUUGUAAAGUGAUGUUCCUCUUCCUUUUUUACACUUUUCAGCUCAUAUUUAACCUCUGUUUGGAAAAUGAUUCUUGUAACUGUACAUUUUUUUGGCUCCUAAUAACAACAACAACAAAAAUAAAUGACCAAUUUUGUGUUGG